CCAUCCAGCCUGGGGCUAGGCUUGGGAACCAUGGCUGCCGCUCUCCUCCUGAACGUGGAAGGGGUCAAGAAGACCAUCCUGCACGGGGGCACAGGGGAGCUCCCGGCCUUCAUCACCGGAUCCCGAGUGACCUUCCAUUUCCGUACCACAAAAUGCAACGAGGAGCUGACGGUGAUCGACGACAGCAAGCGGGUGGGCCAGCCCAUGCACAUCAUCAUUGGGAAUAUGUUCAAGCUUGAGGUUUGGGAAAUCCUGCUGACGUCCAUGCGGGUCAACGAGGUGGCCGAGUUCUGGUGUGACACCAUCCACACAGGGGUCUACCCCAUCCUGUCCCGGAGCCUGCGGCAGAUGGCUGAGGGUAAGGACCCCACAGCAUGGCAUGUGCACACGUGCGGGUUGGCCAACAUGUUCGCCUACCACACACUGGGCUACGAGGACCUGGAUGAGCUGCAGAAGGAGCCACAGCCAUUGAUGUUCACGAUCGAGCUGCUGCAGGUCGAGGCUCCGAGCGAGUACCAGAGGGAGACCUGGAACCUGAGCAAUGACGAGAAGAUGCAGGCGGUGCCCAUCCUCCAUGGAGAAGGAAACCGGCUCUUCAAGCUGGGCCGCUACGAGGAGGCUUCCACCAAGUACCAGGAGGCCAUCGUUUGUCUCAGGAACCUGCAGACCAAGGAGAAGCCCUGGGAGGUGCAGUGGCUGAAGCUGGAAAAGAUGACCAACACCCUGAUCCUCAACUACUGUCAGUGUCUGCUGAAGAGGGAGGAGCCCUACCUGGUGCUGGAGCACACCAGCGACAUCCUCCGGCACCACCCAGGCAUCGCCAAGGCCUACUACGUGCGGGCGCUUGCUCACGCUGAGGUGUGGAACGAGGCGGAGGCCAAGGCCGACUUGCAGAAGGUGCUGGAGCUGGAGCCCUCCAUGCGGAAGGCGGUGCGCAGGGAGCUGAUGCUGCUGGAGAGCCGCAUGGAGGAGAAGCGCGAGGAGGAGCGGCUGCUCUGCCGGAACAUGCUGGGCUAGUGCGGGGGCGGCCAGAGACCCCCCAACCUCCCCUGUCCACGCAAGCAGGUGACCCCCAGCGCUGACCUCAAUGCUCCACCUCCGUUAUCCACUCCCUCCCCACCCCUCCACGUCCCUCAUGUCCAGCUGCCUCGGGCGCAGGAGAUGGCCUGGCCAUUUCUGGUUUAACUGACCAGGAUUUUGGUGUCAUUUUCCGAAGUCUUAAAUUAUUUGCUAAAAUCCAUGAUGAAAAAAUCAACAGGGUAGAGAAUGUAGGGCUUAUAACUGAAAGGGUAGUUCCCAUGUUCAAUCCCAUUCCUUAGCCCGGAGGUAGCUGUUUCCAUUGACUCUUGUGAAUUCUUCUGGUAGUUUUCUGUCUCCAAAUAAUAUGUUUAAAUCACUGUUUCUCCAUGCAUCAGUUUUACUCCAUGUCUUGACUCCCUUAAAUGAAAAAUGAGGAUUUAAUGCUUUGACAUUUCCUCACCCCUUCUGCCCCCUCCUUCCAAUUUUAGAUUAUUUUUGGGUCUUGGCUUGGUUAUUUUUGUAACUUUAUAGCUCUGCCUAGAACUCUGGAAUCCCACUGACUUUAGGGGGUGUCUUGGCUGCUGUCCAUGUAAGAGACGGGCAGUGCUCUGAAGCUUCUCUGCACUUUCCUUCCCACCCUUUCCCCCCCGACUUCAGUCCUCUGAACCUUUGCCUUUCCAUCAUCUAGUUGUUAACACCCCUGCUCUGUUCUGUAACCAAA